AUGGUUGCCGCAGCUAAGCAUCGCAAGUUUGGUGAGGAAUCUGAGGCCUUGAAAGACGUCCCUGCCGAUAUACCAGAGGAUAAUGCGCAGUAUCACAGUUCGGACAGCGACAGCGACAGUGAAGAUGAUGAUGCGCCAGAAGAAGCUGGUCUUUCAAGCUCCAAGAACGAAGCGGAAAAACAGGAAUCUGAGCGUUUGGAAGCCUUGAAGCGCGAACAGGAACUUCUCAAAGAGAAAAGACGGAAACAAAACUCUCGAUUCGCAGAACAGCAAGACCAAAAACGUUCAAAGCAAAUGCAGGACUUUGAAGCUGUGCUGAAACAGCGUGAGCAAAGCGCCCAAGAAGAUAAAGAAAAUGUUGACGAUGACCUGGUCCCGGAUCAGCUGCCAGAGGACUUUUUUGACAAUUUGGACGAACAGGAAGCUCGCCAAAUUACCGUCAAACCCACCCACGUAAACUUCAACGACGUGGAUGACGAAGAUUUCUCUGCUGAUGUGAAAGCAGAGCUCCAAAAGCAGAAGAAGAAAACCCUGCGGCAUCUACGCAAAACAACCGUGAAGCGCGGACCCGUCAAAGUAGCACUUUUGGCAUCUAUCAACACCACCAAGGCAUUGGCACCCCAGAAGGAUAGCACAGUGCUUAAUAAAAAGGACAAGUGGCUCAAGAGGAAAGUUUUGGGUCGUAAACGCUAG